CUUGAAUCAUGAUCAGAUGCCGCACACUUCGCGCGAGUCUCUCACUCCCCGGCGCUUAGCGCUUCCGCCAGCACUUGCCGUUCUUUUCGACGUCUGCAAGGCUCUGACCGCCGUCCAUACUAACUCCCAAAUCCUCUAACCCUACCUUACGGACCCGUCUUACAUUCUGAUCCCCCAUUCGCCGCCACGCAUCGCGUGUUGUGAGGAGGGCGCCGACAAGUGCUCACAAUGCCCCCCCUCAAACGCAUGGCGUCUUCCACCAACUCGAGCAGUAGCGGUGCUUCUGUACUGCUGCAUCGUCCUAAGAAGGCACGCAUCAGCAAUUCAGACGACGAAGAGCGAGGCUACGAUGCGUCCGAUGAGCGCGACCAUAAGCCUGCUGCCAAGCGCCGACGGUGGAUUCUGCCCGUUGCGAAACCCGACUCGGCUAGCGAGGAUACGGAUGAGGAGGUGACGCUGCCCCACGCCGUCGAGCGCCGCCUUGCAUACAUCAGUAGGCUUGCAUCCGCCUUCAACACCGGCGACCUUGUUGCGCUCGCCGCCCUCUUCCCUGCCCAUGCCCGCAGCGACGUACUCGUUCGCGGUGCCGUACGCCAUUGUCGCGACGUCGCAUGCGCGAAGGGCUCUGACCUCCGGAGAGAAGCGCGUUGGGUGCGCCGUGUUGCACGGAGGUCCACUUCUCGCCGCGAUGGGCAAAUCGAGCAACGAGUCCAGCACUGCACACAGAUGCUGGCGACACUCCCCCCUGUCGCGCUUGAGAAGGUGAUUGCUGCACUGCCAGGCUACGACGGCAUCAUGCACGGCGAUCAGGCAGACGUAGCCGAGAGCAUAGCGAUGUACCUUGACAUCCUCGCGCACGGGGAGAGUGCAUCGCUGGUUGAGGAAGAGGCUCUCAUUGACGACAUCCAACAACGCCACGUACGGCCUCGCGGUCGGUCUGCUUCUGCGAAGGUAUUCAGCGAAGAAGAAUCGACGGACACGACCAGCUCGAGCGAUUGAACGCACAUAACGCCUAUCUAUUUACAUCUUGCUUUUGUUGUUGUCCUUACCGCUGUUGUGACUGCUAUGGGGAUCACGCUCAAAUGUAUGCUGACCACUAUUCUAUCUAUUGCCGCUGUGGUAUGAACGAGAUGAUCCCGGUUUCUACACACUUCCUACACAUCUAUCUUUGUACCGCUUUGCUCGUACAUUGCCCAGGAUAUUCCACCGCCUACAACCGUUUCCUGAUUUUGAUCUCCAGCAUUCUAAAGGGUAUGUAGAGUAUCACAGUCGCGAAGAAAGCGAACUCGAAGCCGAGGUCGCCCGUAGUCUUCGCGAUGGGCCCUGCGC